AUGCCACCCAGGAACACAUGUGGCUUGGAGCUGGUGUGUUGGGCUCUCAUCCUCAUGCAGCUGAGCAUGUCAGAGCGGACUGGUCUCUCACAGCAGAAGGAUGAGCAGCAGUUACAUACAGCAGGACCUAGUCCAGGGCUAAAGAAUUUGUCUACAGGCCGUAGCUUCCGGCACCCACACCUUGCUCUCCGGUACCCGUUGUACAUGAUGCAGCUGUACAGAUCUCUGGUCACUGGGAAUCACCUGGGACAGCCCACCAUGGAGACAUCAGCACUGCAGGAAUCUGACUCAGUCUUAAGCCUCGUGGCUAGAAGUUCUCUCCAGGCUGGGGAUCACUGGACUCUCUCUUUCGACAUGACCUCCAUCUCCGGCAGCCAUGAGGUGAGGCUAGCCGAGCUGCGGGUCCGCCUGCCGUCCUUCCCCCAGUCCCACAAUGUGACGGUGGACAUCUACCACAGCCACGAGCGCAAGUGCCAGGGCAACCAGACCUGUGUGGACAGGCUCUUCCUGGGCACCUUCACCAGCAGUCCUGCUGUCAGCCACUCCUCCUGGAGAGUGUUCAACAUCACCAGCUUGCUCCAGUCCUGGCUCCACCAAGGGGUGGCCUCUGGCAACAGGAAGCAUGCAGAUGCUCAGGGCUCCCAGGGGCAGGAGAUGGGGGAGAUGACCGGGUCAGACAGCAAUGCCACUGGAUCAACGGGUGUGCAGAAUUUCAGAGGCUCCAGCCAGGUGGAGCCAGCCGUGUCCCAUGGUGUGACGGACAAGGUCCUGCUGGUGGUCUUCUCCAAAGAUAAACCUUCAGCAGAGCCUUCCCGGGCAUCCACCCUCAUCAGAACUGCAGAGACCUCCAAGCAUGUCAUGAUUGACAAUGCUUCCAAAGAGCUGGGGAACCGCCGGCACCGCCGGAACAAGCAGGAGAGGCAAAGGAUUAAAAUGGCCGACCUCUCCAUCCCGGGCCUGGGGGAGGAAGGCAGGUCUCUGUGCAGGAGGGUGGAUAUGAUCGUGAACUUUGAGCAGACCGGGUGGGGUAGCUGGAUCGUCUACCCCAAGAAGUACAACGCCUACCGGUGUGAGGGAGAGUGUCCAGCGCCCGUGGAUGAGACCUUCAAACCAACUAACCAUGCGUAUAUCCAGAGUUUGCUGAAGCUGUACCAGCCCAACCGAGUGCCCUGUCCAGCCUGUGCUCCGGUCAAGAUGAGCCCCCUCUCCAUGCUGUACUAUGAGAAAGGGGAAGUCGUCCUCCGCCACCAUGAAGACAUGAUCAUCGAGGAAUGUGGCUGCAACUGAAGCAAGCUCUUCUCCUCUGGGUGACAGAGAACCUGCAGCUCAGUGAUGAGCAUGGCCAGGCUCCCAACAUGAGACUCAAGGCUCGUCCCACCCUGGGGGUGGCAGGGAAUAAGCCCUGUGCAGCCAGGAACCAAUCCCCAAGCAUCUGAAGUCUAAGUGCUUAUAAGGACAAAGGCUCAGUCAUCACCCACCCACCGAUUAAUGCUUGGCAGGGAUCAAGCUUCCCCGCAUGGUGCUGUCCUCUUGGGAUUCUGACCUGGCCUUUCCAUGCAGCCCUCACUAGAGAAGGCUGAGAAGACGACUGAGGAGGAUAAAGGCAGGGCUGUGGGAAAUGCACAACACCCCCCCUUGACAUUAGACCCCACCCCAAUGGGAGAAUCUGGGAAGACAAGCUCUGCAAGGGGAAUUUCGUGGAUGUUUCCUUCCCCCAGCAACCCGUGCCGCAACUUUGUCUGAACUGGGCCAAUGCUGACCAGCAAAACGUACUCAGAUGUAAAUAACUCUUCAUAAUGUUCUGUGAAUGUUGUAAAUACAUAGAUCUAUAUUUCAUGCAUAUAGGCCAAGAGAUUUUUAUCGCUACUUUCAUAGUAGUGCACAUGGAGUUUGUUCUGUGCACGGUCACCAAGAGAACCAUGUAAUUCACAAAGAGGGAUAGGUCAGAGCACCUAGACGGGUGGCAGAACUGCUGACUAGAGCUGGGAAUUAUUAUUAUUAUUAUUUUUGCACAAAACGGUUUUCCAGCAAAAAAAAUGCAGCGUGUUAGUUAUUUUCCUUUGUAUGGGCUUUCCCUUUUCUACAUGCUGUAUUAUGUGUAAAAAUCAAACCAAUAGGCGUUAUCUGCUCUGCCCUUGUCCUCAGGGGUUGUGAAAGCACUGUUUCCUUCGGUGUCUGUAUUUCUAGACACUGCACUGGGAAAAGGUUCUAGUCUGCAGGAUUUUUGACGUGAAGCAUCUCUUGCAAAAAUGUUAGGAGCUAAAUUCUGCUCUCAGUGACAGAACCGCACCUCCCAGCGGAGGCACCCAGGAGGCAGAGAGCAGAAUUUGAUCCUGGAAUGGACAGCCAUUGAGAAUGCCACUAGCUCUGUCUCCUUUGUUACUGUUCACUAUUGUUAAACAUUGCAAAUGCAAUUUGUUUUUCUUCCAUGUGUGAUAAAUGUUCUGGACCGUUACAGUCUGGCUGAGAGGAGAGGCACAGGUGUUUGUCUUAAUAUUUAAUCACACUAAUGGUUGAGAUUUUCAAAGCAGUCUUGGGAAUUUAGACACAAUGAACGCACGGCAUUCUUUUUAUAAUUAGUAUUACACUGGGUAACUGGGUACAUAGAUUGGAAUCCCAUCGUGCCAGGUGCUGUACAUACAGAUAAUCCCUGCCCUGAAGAGUUUAGUCUAAACAGACAAGGGUGGCAGAAAGGAACUAUUGUUAUCCUCACUGUACAGAUGGGAAACUGAGGCACAGAGCAAUUCACUGGCUUCUCCAACAUCACAUGGGGAUUCUGUAACAGUCUCAGGAUUUAAACCCAGGCCUCUUGAGCCCUAGCCAACAACUUAACCACAAGACCAUCCUUCCUCUCAACCCCUGCAGGGCUCACUAGUAACCAGAAACAUCAAGAGGGUUGCUAUUGGCAAGCAAACUUGUUGUGAGUAUCAUGGAGGUGCAGAGGUCUGGAUUGGCACGGACCUGACUCCUCUAGACUGAAAAAUCUCAGCUAAGCUCAUGCUUCCAGCUUCUUCAGUAUCCCUUUAUCUCUAAAAUCUAACUCACAGGUGUUAAAGCCAUGAUAACUACCCUAUGAUUAAAUGACUAGAUCCACAA